GCGCUCUAGUGGCAAUACCUGACGUGAAAAACGUAAAUAUUGUUGUUGACGCGGUUGUUUAAGGUGUGGGAGGCGCUGAAAUGGAAUACCACUUUGGCACAAAUAAACGGAAAACUUUUCCGAACGCGAAUGAGGCAAAUGAUGCAACAAAUUUGAAAUACAAAAAGAAGUAUAAUGCUAUUAAAAGAGUAAUAAAAGAUUUAGUGUUUGAAAAUGCUGCCUUAUGCGACCAAGUCUCCCAGAUGCAGGAACAGAUCGUAAUUAGAAAGGAAGAAAGAAGAUUUUUGUUGAAGAAACUUUAUCAUCUGCAGACAAUUGCAGAAGCUGACAGUCAAAUACAAGCUCCAAAAACUCAGACUUCAGGUGUGAAUUCACCUUCUCCUGCUCUAGAAACAAACACCUCUGGGAAAAAAAUCUCAGGAAAGAAGAAAUCCUUAGAAAUUAUUGAGAGCUGGAAGGGCAGUCUGAAGCAAAAGAAGUCAAGUCUGAACAAAACAAAAAAGAUUGUACAACCUAUUCCAUUAGAUAUGACAGGAAGACCAGUGUUUCCAAUAGUUCUCGGAGGACUCACAGUGCAUAGUUUGGGUGAGGUUGUGUCUGAUAGACCUGAUUAUCAUACAGAAGAGUUAAUUUUUCCUGUGGGUUUUUGCUCAACAAGAGUUUAUGGGAGCCUUCUAGACCCAGAAAAGAAAUGUGUGUACACUUGCAAGGUUCUUGAUGGAGGAACAUUACCCAGGUUUGAAAUUGUGCCAGAUAAUGAUCCAGGAGCCCCUCUUGUUGGCAGCUCUGCAAGUGAAUGCCACUCAUUGCUAUUACGCCGCAUCAAUAUGGCUGUUGGAAUUGAUGUGGUCAACACCCAGGGCAGGGGCCCUGAUUUCUUUGGAUUUGCACAUCCAACGAUUCAGAAUCUUAUACAAAGUUCACCUGGCACUAGAAAAUGUUCGGCGUACAGAUGGAGCAAAUUUGAGGUUAAUCGGGCAAUUGAACCACCACCUGAGGAUAAUGAUGCAUCUCUCAGUUUUGAUGCUCUUCAGCGAAGCAUUGGCUUCUCCAAGACUGUUGUAAAGACUGAACCCUCAGAGCAGCUUUUACGGGAAUCAAGUGCUACUCUUAGAGAUUUAUUGAUGUCUUGAUGGAAUCUAAAUGUUUACAGAGAGAAUGGACAUUUGAUAUUCAGAUUAAAUGUCAAGAAAUAUUAA